GCUUGUUUUUUCCCUUCAGCAUGUCUGGUGCUUGAUUUCGGACGUAUCCCCGUACCUCCCGGUUCAUCUUUUCUCUCCAAUCUCUCUAUGCAUCUCUAAUCUUGAUUCUACUGUUAUAAUUAUCGUUUUUUUUUCUUCCGUUUCCUCUCACGAUUGACCCUGUGAGCUCGGAUUGAGGGACGAGUUGCAGUUCGAAGGGGACAAGGGCAGAAGAUUUCAAGAACGCGGAUUCUGAAGUGGCGGAGAUUUGUAUCCAAGAAACUGGAAUUCUUCAUCGUGUUGGUGAAUUAGGAUUUCGAUUUUUAACCUGCAGUGGUAGAGGUUGGAGCAUCGGAAAGAAUUGGAAAAGAUAGAAAUGAGCUACAAUGAGUAGGUUGUCGUUCAGGCCUCGUCCGCUUGACAUUCAUAAGAAGCUUCCUAUUGUCAAGUCUGUGAAAGAAUUGGAAGAUGACGAAACCCCUACCUCUACCCGCAAUUCCCAACUGCUUCGUCUUGCGACUGAGGUAGAUAAUGAGGUACAUCAAGUGCCUUGCAAGAAAUUGGCUCCUGAUAUACCCACGCCUGAAUUUGUUGUGGUUGAUACAUAUGAGAUAGACUACUCCCGCACUUUUAGUCAGCCAACUUCUUACUUACGUGGCAGAGGAGCUCGGACAGAGCUUGGAGAGUUUGUUGAGUAUGACUUGGACAAUGAAGACGAGGACUGGCUUCAGGACUUUAACAGAGAAAGAAAGAUACUUACUCCUGAAAGAUUUGAGAGUUUCCUCUUUAAAUUGGAGGUAUUGGAUCACAAGGCUCGAGAAAGAGCUGGUAUAAUAACAACUACUCUUGGUUCACCCAUUCCUGUACUUCUACAACGUGACAAUGCUAUUGAGGCUCUACAAACUCAAGCAAUCAGAUAUUCAAUUAUUGAAUCUGUUUACGAUUAUUGGAAGGAAAAGCGUGAACGAUGGCAAAAGCCUGUUUUGCGGCGUUUGCAGCCACCUCCACCUGUCAAUGACACAAACCCGUACAAUGUUUUUAGGCCAAGGGAGAAAGCUCACAGACUUCAUACAAGAAGGAUGCAACGGAGGGAAAACAAUGUGCAAUCUUUUGAAAAGCUUCGCCAGGUUAGGCGCAACCUGGAACAAGCUAAAACCUUACUGGAGGCUUUAAUUAAGAGAGAAGAGAAAAAAAGAGAUCUGAUGGAAAGUGAAGUCAGCCUUCAGAGGAUUCACUUGAAGUAUAAGCAUGAAACUGAACUUCUGGAAGAGAGCUUAGCACUUCCUAGGUUCUUACCCUUCUCUUGUAAGUUUGGUUCAAGCGAGGAUGAAUUUGUGGAGUUGGACGAUAUCGCAACCAGUCGCCCCCCACGAAUACGAAUUUCUGGAUCUUUUAGGGAGACAAACAUGAUUGUGCUCCCAACUGAAAGCAUGAAGCAAGAGAAUAGGCAACAACUGCCACAUGGAUGGCUUCACAAAAUGGAUCCUCUGGAGCCAGUCUUGUUGUUUGCAAAACCUCUGGUUGCAGAGAAGUUGGCUGCUGCUAAUAUAGUACCACCAUCAGCAGAAUCUCCAACAAGGAACAGUGUGUCAAUGGGAUCUCAUAAACUUCGAGGUAGGAUCGGGCGAGGUGGCAGGAUAAUAUUUGACAGAUGGAAUCCAUUGAUGCAGACUGGUAUUGACUGUAGUAGUAACUCAUAUUAUUCACCACCAAAGCAAUCACAUUUAGCAUAUAAUUGAUUGUUUGAUUGAGCGAGGAUCAGCAUGAUCUCUGUAUAACAGCUCCUAGAUUCUUUUGCUGCAUAAACAAAGGAGUUAGGUUAGCAUCAAAACGAACCUUCCUUUUUCCCGACUUAAGAAUUCAUGCAAAAGCAAGCUUUGUCUGCAAUUUGCAUGCAUCAUCUGAAAUUGCUGCCCAAUUUCUUAUUCAUAUGUUUGUAAGUACUGUGUUUAAAUAUCUCAACUUUUUCUUUCAUUUAGUUUGUCAACUAUGUUGUGGUUUGACAUUA